AUGGCGACUCCAGCAGAUAAGCGCUUCCAUCAGCUGACAUUAGCUAUACAGAAAGGAAUAAAUUCAAUAGAGGCACCGGUUAAGGAGAAACAUGUCCGCAGCGCUAUCAUCGGAACGUUUCAAGAACAAAGCGCCAUCACAUACUGGAUGGUGGUUAUACGGCAGCCGCUUCAGGACAACCGGAUCGUGGCCUGGAAGUUCUGCCAUGUGACCCACAAAUUGCUGCGCGAGGGCCACCCCGCCUGUCUCGAUGACUCGCAGCGGCACAUCAACAUGAUCGCGAACCUGGGGAAGCUGUGGAUGCACCUUCGCGAAGGCUACGGCAGGCUAAUCCACCUAUAUUGCAUACUUCUCGUCAGCAAGCUCAAGUUCCACGCGCGCAAUCCGCGCUUUCCCGGGAAUCUGCAGCUCACGGUCGAAGAGUUGGAUGCGAUUGCUGAAAACGACGUCAACAACUACUUUCAACUGUGUGUAGAACUGUUUGACUAUAUGGAUGAUAUUCUUAAUUUACAAGCAGCAGUAUUUGACAGUCUUGGUAACGCACGAGCUAACUCUAUGACAGCUAGCGGUCAGUGUCGUCUGGCUGCGUUAAUCCCUUGUGCGCAGGAUUCGUCGCAGAUUUACGACUGCAAUGUACGACUGCUGUUCAGAUUGCAUGCGUCGUUACCAGCUGAUACCCUCAGUGGGCAUAGAGAGAGAUUCCGACAACAGUUCAAAAAGCUCAGUUCGUUCUACAAACACGCGAGCAGUCUUCAAUACUACAGAAACUUACUUACACUGCCAGUUUUACCUUCGAACCCCCCCAACUUCCUAUUACAGAGUGACUUUGGCACAUACGUGGCGCCAGUCGUGUCAAUACCCGAACCGCCACCAGACGAAGUGGACACUAUUGGCUCGCUAAUUGAUACUUCAGAAACUUUAAGCCAGGUACCAACUCCGGAGCGUCACGAAUCUUUAGAAACACAUUCGCGCACUACGCCUUCUCCUCUACCCGAUCCGCUUGUUGAGCGCGAUCGACUUAUUGACCACUUGCAGAACGAACUGAAGAGAAUGCGGACGGAAGUAUCGCAAAUAGUUCAGGAAAGAAACACAAUGCUGGGAUCCAUGCGAGAGCAUUGCACAAGGAUGGAGACACAAUUACAAUCUGCUAGGCUUGAAUUUGAAGAGGAGAGACAAAAGGCUGACAUUUUGGCUGUGGAAACACCUCAAAUAAAAAAAAAACUAACUGAAACUGAAGAAAAAGCAAAGGUGACUGACGAGAAAUUCCAAAAGCUAAAAGGUGCUUAUACGCAGCUGCGUGAGGAACAUAUCGCUCUAAUUAGACAAAAAGCCGAGGUCGACAAAUUGACAGCGAAUUUACGCGCGGCCGCGGCUCAACACGAGAGUGCUAAAACAAUGCUACAGCAACAGUUAAACGACCGUAUGAAGGAUGUUGAAUUACUGCAACAAAGCACGUCGUCCAGUGAAGAAAUCGAAGCGUACAAAAGUGAAAUGGCAAAUCUACGCAGUGAAUUAGAACAGUCGAGGCAAAAAGAGGUCGAAUUAGAAACAUUGAGAGCAUCUAUGGAAGCUCUUCAAAUCGAACACAAGACCGCUACAGCCGAACAAGAAGAGAAAAUAUCGAUAAUCGCAAGUGAACUAAAAGAAGCAUCAGAAAAUGUGGAGAAACUUAAGAAGGAGAAAGUGGAGAGCGAAUCGGAGCUAGCGAAAGUGAAGGAGGAGCUACAGAGCAUGAGACAGAAGAGUGGUGACGACUACAAAAGAGUUUUGCAAGAGAAAGAUGACGCUUUAAAACAGAUUACGGAAUUGACGAUUAAAUAUCAACAGGAGAAAGAGGCUCAGACACAACACACUAACACAUUAGAAAAAGAACUAGACAGUCUUAAACUUAAAUUAACCGAUUCGGAACAAGCGUUGCAAAAGGAAUGUCAUGAUCUUAGUGAGUUAAUAAAGGCCAAAAAUGUAGAAUUCGAAGAAUGCCUUAAAGCAAAAGAACUAGAAAUUAAAGAAUCACAUGGAAAGCUUACAGUAAUUAAUGGUGAAUUGGAAAUUUGUAAACUAAAUUAUGAAAACAACUUACUAGAGAAAGAUAAACAGAUAACAUUAUUGACUAACAAUUUAGAUCAAAUACAAAAAACGAAUGACGCAACAGUUAGGAAUUUUGAGCAACAAGUCGAAACUUUGACAAGUCAACUACAAGAAGAGAAAUCAAAUAAAAUCAUGCUUAGGAAUUCUAUCAAUCAAGAGCAGGCGGAAAUUUUGGAGCUUCGGAAUAAACUCGAAGAUUUAGAUAAAGCUAAAUUCGAAGAGAUUGAGAAACUAAGAGAUGAAAUAAGCAAUAUAGUGAAGCAAAAGGACGAAGAGUACAAUGAGCUGGUUAAAGAGAAGGAUAAAAUUAGUCUCGAAAAUGAAAAUUUAUUAAAUGAAUUGUCUACGGAGAAACAGUUGAUGGAGGCUAGGCUUAUGCAUAUUGAGGAGGGUCGACUGAACGCCGAGUGUGAAUUGCAGGAUUUGUUACAACACAAUACAGUGCUGGAAGCUGAUUUGGCAUCACUAAAAAUACAGCUGGAGGAAGCACAACUUGAGAUUAAGAAGCAGAACGCGAAAAUACUAAGCUGCGCCAGUGAAGCAGCCCUAGAAGUAACCAAUAAUGCUUUAUCUACGUUGGAACACUCGAACUCGCAGGACGCGAACAAAUUGGCUGCAGAUCUUGCGUCUAAGGCGUUUGAAGAUCUGGCUAGGAAAUCGCAGGUGGAAGGCAAUGAGGAAAUUGUGGCCAAAUCUGCAAUAUACGCUGCACACAACGCUUCGCAGUUGUCUGCGUACGCGGCUGAAUUAUCAAACCUCUCAACGGAUAUGGAGCUUGUUGAAAAAUUGAACAACGAUUGUCGUAGUAUGUUAUCAGCAACAAAACAGUGUCUGGAGUCUAUCAAGACCGGUACGGUAGACCGAAGUAUAUGCCUCGAAGCGCGUACAAACGUACAGACGGUGUCACGCAGUGCAGCCACCGCGGAUCGUCUCGCCAGCGGCGCUAGAAGUGUCGACGACGAACUCGCGGAUAUGGACAGGGCUAUAGAACAAGCCGCUUCUCAAAUUGAGAACCUGUUAGCUGCGAGCAAAGCCGGCGACUCGGGAGUACAGCUCGAGGUGAAUGGUAAAAUAUUGGACGCCUGUACGACACUUAUGAGCGCCGUCAAGGUGCUGGUGCAGGAUUCGCGGGCGCUGCAAAAUGAAUUGGGCGAUCCGAAGACGCGGCAGAAAAUGUAUCGCCGCAACCCACAGUGGUCUGAGGGACUCAUAUCCGCGGCGAAAGCUGUCGUUUUCGCUGCAAAGUUAUUAGUUUCGAGUGCUGAUGAAGCGGUGGCGACAGCGGGCAAAGUGGAAGGCGUGAGCGCAGCUGCACACGAGGUCGCCGGUAGUACUGCGCAGUUAGUAGCCGCGUCACGUGCGCGCGCACCGCCUGCAGCGCCAUCUCUCGCGCGACUUACUACCGCGUCGCGAGCGGUUGCUAUGGCAACUGGGGCAGUGGUCGCCGCUGUACGCUCUGCUUCAGCUCUUGUCAGGGAUAAGGAGGCAUUAGACACAUCCGCCCUGACGUUAACAGCAACCAGGCGUCUAGAAAUGGAAAGCAAAGUGCGAGCGUUGGAACUAGAAAGUGCGUUGGACGCAGAGAGAGCGCGACUUGCCGCGUUGCGCAAGAGACACUACCACUUAGCGCAUGUCGAGGAGAACGGCAACAUUGAAAAUGGAAAAGAAUGA